CGAUAGGCGGCUAGCAAAUACGCUUUUUGGCGGCCCACAUGCACCGAGCUUAUUUGCGAGGCCGCAGAAGUAAACUAUAUCGGGAAGGAGACAUCGUCAACUUGCUCAGUCGUUGGCCCGACAGUUCCAGGAUUCGCUCGGAUGAUGCCAUCGAUGGCACAACAGGUAACGGCCGCGUUGUGGUCGGCCAGGUACGACGCUGGCCCUGCGGGCGAUAUGCGGUACCUGGUUGUCAUCCCAGCAGCAAGGGAACUACAAAUAAGCUCGCUGCCGUUCCCGGAGUUUCUGUUGGUAUCGAUCCUAAUCAAUUGAGCUCAGUGGAAGCAGAUCGUCACAAUGGCAAUGGCACGUUACCUCGGAAUUGCUUCAGCAUUGGCCAGUACUGGCCUUGCUCAAUUCACCCCGGAGAAGCUGCUUGGUGCACCCCGUCGUGGUGCGCUCAGCCCCAGCGGUGAUGGAACAGUUGCUCUGCUUUCCGUCUCGCAGUACAACUUCACCGAGACCGCCGGCACUUCAAGCUGGGGACUCCUGGACCUGAAGUCCGGCGAGUUCAAGGACUCUGGUCUGAACAUCAGCGAGGUCAACGAGGCCGCAUGGAUUCCAGGCACCGACUCCGGCAUCAUCUACAUCAACGGCACCAACGAGGAGAUCCCUGGUGGUGUCACGCUCUGGAUUGGAGACAUCAAAGACCCUUCCAAGAGCACUUUGGCCGCUUCGCUUGAUGCUCCCUACAAUGGACUCAGGAUUGCGAAGACUGAGUCUGGAGACAUCAAGUUCCUCGUGAACAGCAUGGCGUACCCCAACGGUACUGCUGUCAACCCCGAAACCGAGGUCGUCCCUAAGCACACCGGUCGUUUCUACAAGGACGCCUACGUUCGUCACUGGGAUACCUGGCUCACGAAGAACCGUUACAACGUCUUCGCUGGUACCCUUUCCGCGAACGGCACCUAUGGCCUGGCCCACCCUGGUCUGCGGAACCUGAACAACGCUGUCAACUGGACCACCACCAGGUCUGAGACUCCCGUUCAGCCUUUCGGUGACUCCAGCGACUACGCUAUUUCGCCUGACGGCAAGCUCUACGCUUUCCUCAGCAAGGCUCCCCAGCUGAACAAAGCCAACUACACCGCAAGCUACAUCUAUCUUGGUGAGGUUGAUGGUACCGCAGAGCCCAUCGCUUUCAAUGGCCCUGACUCCGAGGCUGCCAAGGCCGGUCACCAGGGUGCCUCUGGCCAGCCCUCUUUCUCGCCCGACAGCUGCAAGCUGGCCUACGUUCAGCAGGAUGAAGACUACUACGAGUCGGACAGGUGGCAGCUGUACACUGUCGAUGUUGCCGCAUCCAAUGGCAGCGUCGCCACUAGCAACUGGAAGGCUCUUUCCGCUGGAUUUGACCGCUGGGUGCAGGGUCCUCUCACUUGGGCGCACGAUAGCUCGUCCAUCUACGCUACCGCUGAGGACUACGCUCGCGUGAAGAUCUUCAACUUCCCCAUCACUGCCGAUGCAAGCUACGUUCCCGAGCCUUUGACCUCUAACACUUCGGUAUCUAGCUUCUCCCUCCUGGAGAACAACGACUUGCUGGUCACUGCCUCCGCUAUCUGGACACCUGUCGAGUACUACACUCUCAGCAACGGUACCAAGAACACCAUCUUCACUGCCGUCGACAACGACCCCGAGUUCGCUGGUCUCAGCGCCGACCACGUUUCUGAAAUCUUCUUCAACGGAUCCGACCCGAACCUCAAGCAGCAGCUGCAGGCUUGGGUCAUCAAGCCCACCUUCUUCGUCGAGAACAAGACAUACCCCCUUGUCUUCUACAUUCACGGUGGACCUCAGGGCUCUUGGGGCAACUCCUGGUCUAACAGGUGGAACCCAGCAGUCUGGGCUGACCAGGGCUACAUCGUCGUUGCACCCAACCCAACUGGAUCCACCGGAUUUGGCCAGUAUCUCACCGACGCUAUCCAGGGCCGCUGGGGAGGCUACCCAUACUACGAUCUUGUUAACGCAUGGGAGUACAUCAGUACUGAGCUCUCCUCUUUCGUAGAUGUUGAGAAUGGUGUCGCCGCUGGUGCGUCGUAUGGCGGCUACAUGACCAACUGGAUCCAAAGUAAUGACCUCGGCAACAAGUUCAAGGCGCUUGUUACUCACGACGGCAUCUCCCAGACCAAGGCUGCAUGGUCAUCUGAAGAACUGUGGUUCAUCCGCCACGAUUACAACGGCACUGUCUGGGAGUCCGAGGCUUACGACAAGUGGAACCCCUUCGAUCACGUCGCCAACUGGUCCACUCCCCAGUUCGUCGUUCACAACACGCUCGACUACCGUCUCCCCGAGAGCGACGGCAUCGGUCUGUUCAACGUCCUGCAGAACGUCGGCGUGCCCUCGCGCUUCCUCAACUUCCCCGACGAGAACCACUGGGUUCUCAAGCGCGAGAACAGCUUGUUCUGGCACAAGGAGAUCUUCAACUGGAUCAACCACUACUCCAAGGGUGAGCCUUUGGAUGAUGAGCCUGCCGGCAACUAAGUUUGCGGAGGCAGUUACGAGAUGACACUUAGCUACAACGUAUCCAUAAUGAUAAUGAAUUCGUCAAACAAGAAGUGUGCAAUUUGGAGCGUAUAUUGUUGCGAUGCUCACGCGUCCAGAUUUUAGCCAAUCACAACCGACUCAUGCUCGACAG